GAGCUCAUUUUCUUUUCACAGAACCUUGGGGAGAGAGAGGAGAGAGAGAGAGAGGGAAGGAUGAAGGCCAACUUUUCAUUUGCGAUCAUCGUAACAGUCUUGGCAACACAAUGUCUGUCUGUUCUUUGUGCUGCGGACGAUUUCGACUUUUUCUAUUUCGUUCAGCAAUGGCCAGGGUCGUACUGCGAUACAAAGCGUAAGUGCUGCUACCCGAAAACAGGAAAGCCGGCAGCAGAUUUCAGCAUCCAUGGACUGUGGCCUAACUACAAUGAUGGCACCUACCCUUCUAAUUGUAACAAUGAUAAUGCUUUCGAAAAAUCUGAGAUUUCCGAUCUGAUUGGCAGUUUGGAGAAGAACUGGCCAUCGUUGACAUGCCCAAGCAGUGACGACACCAAGUUCUGGACACAUGAAUGGGAUAAGCACGGUACUUGCUCCGAGUCUGAACUCGACCAACACGAGUAUUUCGAAGCAGCCCUCAAACUCAAAGAGAAAGUGAACCUACUCCAAAAUUUAAAAAACGCUGGAAUCAAGCCAAACAACGAGUUUUAUAGCAUAGACAGCGUGAAAGAAGCAAUCAAGGAGGCCAUUGGAUUCGAACCUGGAUUGGAAUGCAACAAGGAUUCAUCAGGCAACAGUCAGAUUUAUCAGAUAUUCGUUUGUGUGGACACUUCGGGAUCGGAGCUCAUUGAAUGUCCCGUCUUGCCCAGGGGUAGGUGUGCUUCGCAGGUCCAGUUUCCGUCCUUUUGAUCAGGGCACUGAUGGACUGAUUUGUAGCCAAAGCAAAUAAUUUUGUCCAUCCAUCGGACUGACUUGUAUCUGCCUUUCUUUCGGAAUAGCUGCUUGAUUUAUUUUCGUGUUGAAGCCGAACCACUGUAAUUUACGGAUAAAAAUGAAUAUUCUGCUGUAUCUUUGAGAUGAAUUCAAUUUAUUUUUAAC